AUAGAGUUCAGAGCUUCCUGUUCAUCUCUGUUCUGAGGCGAGGUGAAUUACAGCUCAGAUCACCAUGCGCUCUGCAAUAACUGGAGGUGUAGCUUUUUGCGCAGAGAAGCUUGAUGUACGAAGUAACUGAGGACAUUUAAAAAAAGCAAAGUUUCGUCAUGGAGAUGACAAACGACACAACAACCUUUUGGUUUUCAAAUGGCAGUCUUGAUAACUCAAACAAGACAAAUGCCACCGAGGACAUUGAACUAAGUUACCAAAUCAUCGCAUCCUUUCUCCUGUCAGCUCUCAUCUUAUGUGCCAUAUUUGGGAACGCAUGCGUUGUUGCCGCCAUCGCUUUGGAGAGAUCUCUUCAGAAUGUCCAGAACUAUCUAAUCGGCUCUCUGGCGGUAACGGAUCUGAUGGUGUCUGUGUUAGUGCUCCCCAUGGCAGCACUUUACCAGGUCUUAAACAGGUGGACUCUUGGGCAGGUACCGUGUGACAUUUUUAUCGCUUUAGAUGUCUUGUGUUGCACAUCAUCCAUUCUGCACCUGUGCGCCAUCGCUUUGGACAGGUACUGGGCUAUAACUGAUCCCAUUGCCUACAUGAAGAAAAGGACCCCGAGAAGAGCGGCGAUUCUUAUUAGCGUGACUUGGCUGGUAGGCUUCUCAAUAUCUGUCCCACCCAUGUUGAUCAUGCGGUCUCAGCCCAUCGGUGAGACAGAGGAAAGGCCCGAUCCCAUGAAGUGCGAAAUACGACAAGAUACACCGUGGUACACCAUCUAUUCAACUUUUGGGGCAUUUUACAUUCCAUUAAUCCUUAUGUUAGUUUUAUAUGGACGGAUAUUUAAAGCAGCCAGGUUUCGGAUCAGGAGAACAGUGCGCAAAACAGAAAAUAAGAAAGUAUCUGACUCGUGUUUGGGGCUGUCUCCAGCUCUUUUUCACAAGAAGUCAAAUGGAGAGCCUGGAAAAUCCUGGAAAAGGAGUGUGGAACCCAAGCCGAAUCCGUGCGUAAAUGGCGCAGUCAAGCACGCGGAAGACGGCGAGUCGCUUGAGAUAAUAGAAGUUCACAGCAACGCAAAGAACAACCUGCCACUGCCUAAUACACCGAAUUCGGCUCCAAUCUUUGAAAGUAGACACGAAAAGAACACAGAGGCAAAGAGAAAAAUCGCCUUAGGGCGUGAGCGCAAGGCUGUGAAGACCCUGGGUAUUAUAAUGGGAACUUUUAUUUUCUGCUGGUUGCCGUUCUUUAUCAGGGCGCUUGUUAUGCCGUUUUGCAAAAUGUCGUGCUACAUGCCUUGGUGGCUGGGAGAUAUUAUAAACUGGUUGGGGUAUUCCAAUUCCCUACUGAACCCCAUAAUUUACGCAUAUUUCAAUAAAGACUUCCAAAGCGCUUUCAAGAAAAUAAUUAAGUGUCAUUUCUGCAGACCAUAAACUCACAUUGUAUAUUAGUGUAAAAUGUUGGAUUCCUGGUUUAUGUGUUCAGAAUUAGUUCUGAAACUGUUUCUAUUUCUGGUGCAAUAUUUUCAAAAAGGUUACGGUGCGUUAGUUUGGAAAAGUGGGGUCAGAUGAUUAAAACAGGAUCAGCGCUUGAUCAUGAAGACAGAAUAAUAAUGGUUACUAUUAUUAUUAUUAUCAUGUUAGCACCAAAAUUGUCUGUGCGGAGGAUACAUCUGUAAUUAUUAAGUCUGACCGUUUAUGCCCAUGACAAACAUUCUGCUUUGUAGUGAUCAA